UCAGUCAGUGGAGACUCCAGUAAGUCUUAUCCCAUGAAUUUCACUGGGAACCUGAAAAACAAAAACUGCACCACAAUGUUUUAUAAUUUAAGCAAAAGCCACAAUGAGAAAUAUUACUUCAGAGUAGAGAACAGUGGUUUUAAGGGCACAGCUGUUUGUGACUCUCUUCAAAUAAAAGUCAGAGACUCUCCCUGGAGCCCCACAAUAGAAGUCUCUGGUAAACAGACAGAGACAGAGGUGGUGACUAUAACCUGCUCAGCUGUCACUCCCUGUCCACACGCCCCUCCUCAGCUCACAUGGGACCUCCACCAAGGCACUGCCCACAUCACAGAGACCAACGGGACAUUUACCACUAAAAUCACACAGAACAUCACUCUGACAGACGCCCAUGAUGGACUAAUGAUAAAGUGUAAUGCAGCGUAUCCUGUGAGUGGAGGAUUUAAAAUGGCCGACAGUAAAGUGACUCUCAGUGUCUCAUAUGGUCCUAAAAACAGCUCAGUGGAGGUCAGUCCGUCCGGUUCACUGUCAGCAGGUCAGUCAGUGACGCUGAGCUGCUCCAGCAGAGCCAAGCCUCCUGUCCACCACUUCACCUGGUUCAGACACAGCUCACAGGGACCAGCCAAUGUCAGCCAGGGACACACGUACAGCUUCAACCUCACUGAAGAGGGACAGUACUAUUGUGUGGCCUCAAAUACACUUGGAAAUGGGACGUCUCCAGACAUUCACCUGAGGAUAAAUGACCCAGCUGGUUUCCCGUGGUAUGCCAUUCUCAGUGCAGGAAGAGGAAGAACAUUAUGUUCAUUUUUGGAUUAUAAAAUCAAGAUUAUGGACCAGGGAAACCGCACAGCCGCAGGAAACAGAAGAAUCGCCUUAUGUCAAUGUUUCUCCAUCGAGACACAGAAGAGAAGAUCGAUGAAGGCUGAAGAGCAGGGCUGCAACUAA